UGUUGGUGCUGUCGCUGCGCUCACUUCACAGUGGGCCUCGGCCGAGUAUAAAAGCAAACUUACCCUAUAAAAAAAAUUUUAUUAAUCGAAAUAUUCCGAAUCUAACAACAACGCUGGCACUUGGCACUUGGCACUCUUGGCCGCAUCCGUUUGUCGUCUUUUAGCGUGCUUGUUAGCCGAUCGCCAAUCAUUCGGGCAAUUUUUAAAGAAUAUCUCAUCAAAAUCACCAAAGAGACUUGAAUAUUUUUUGUCAAAUAAGCGAAUUUAAGAUUUUUUGUCGCUUUCUUAUCGCGUCGCGAACGCGUACGUGGUCGUGAAUGUGUGUGUUGGUGUGCCAGUUAAACAAUAAAAAAAAUUGAUUCUACACACACCCGAAGCUACAAAAGUAUCUAGACCAGCAUAAAACUAUCUUAACAAAAAAAGAACUAAAAAGUGUUAAUAAAUUACAUAGAAAUUUGUGCAAUCAAAAGUCGAAUAAAAAAGCGGACUGACAUAUUUUUUGAAACAUUUUUUUUUCGUGUAGAACUGUAAACAAACCAAAGAAGUUUAAAGAGAGCCGGUCGUAAUUUUUAGUCGGCCAACGGAGACAGAAAAACGAUAAAGAAAAUGCGAGAACUGCCCCUCUUGGCGCUGCUCCUAUGCAGCUGUUCGCUAAUAGAUUUAAUCAAAGCGGAAGAGAAACCACGGCUGGAAAUCUAUCCCACACAGGAAGUACAACGUAAGCCCGUUGGCAAGCCUCUGAUCCUGACCUGUCGCCCUCGAGUACCGGAAGCAGCUCUGGUGGCCGAUUUGCAAUGGCGGGAUAACAUGAACAACACCAUCUUGCCCAAACCGGCCAAUUACGAUCCACUGUAUGAUUCCAAGGGCAAUAGAAAGAAACUAAUGGGACGCAACCAGCCGCCAAUGUACACGGAAACGCUGCCCGGCGAAAGUUUGGCCCUGAUGAUUCCCUCGCUGUCGGUGGAAAUGGGCGGAAUAUACUACUGCACCGCGUCCUAUGCAAAUACCGAGAUCCUCGAGAAGGCCGUCACAAUUACAACUUACGUGGCUAUUACUUGGACAAAUGCCCCUGAGAACCAGUACCCCACCCUGGGCCAGGAAUACGUGGUUAUGUGCGAAGUAAAGGCUGAUCCCAAUCCCACCAUCGACUGGCUACGAAAUGGAGAUCCGAUCCGAACUGGCGACAAGUACGUGGUGGAGAACCAUGGCCUCCGCAUCCGCGAUGUCCAGGAGAGUGACGAAGGCAUCUACACCUGCCGGGCGGCCGUUAUCGAAACCGGAGAGCUACUGGAGCGCACCAUCCGUGUGGAGGUCUUCAUCCAGCCCAUGAUUGUGUCCCUGCCCGCCGAUCUGGAGGCCGUCGAGGGCAAGCCCUUCGCUGCCAAUUGCACAGCCACGGGAAAACCAGUGCCGGAGAUCAGCUGGAUUCGAGAUGCCACCCAGCUCAACGUGGCCACUGCCGAUCGCUUCCAGGUGAACCCCCAAACCGGUCUGGUCACCAUCUCGUCGGUCAGCCAGGAGGACUACGGCACCUACACGUGUCUGGCGAAGAACAAGGCCGGCGUGGUCGACCAGAAAACGAAGCUGAAUGUCCUGGUGCGUCCGCAGAUCUAUGAGCUGUACAAUGUGACCGGAUCCAGGACCAAGGAGAUUGCCAUCACCUGCCGCGCCAAGGGACGUCCCGCCCCGGCCAUCACCUUCCGUCGCUGGGGCACCCAGGAGGAGUACUCGAACGGAGUCCAGGUGGACGAUAACCGCAUCGUUCUGGAGCGUAACUUUGACGAGGAGCGUGGCGAGAGCACCGGCACCCUGCGCAUCUCCAAUGCCGAACGGAGCGACGAUGGCCUCUAUCAGUGCAUUGCCCGGAACAAGGGAGCCGAUGCCUACAAGACCGGACACAUCACCGUGGAGUUCGCCCCCGACUUUAGCCAGAUGAAGGACCUGCCGCCAGUCUUCUCGUGGGAGCAGCGCAAGGCUAACCUGAGCUGCCUGGCAAUGGGCAUUCCCAACGCCACCAUCGAAUGGCACUGGAACGGAUUGAAGGUCAAGGAUAUGUCCGAUCCCAAUCUGAAGAUCGUCGGCACUGGACCCAGGAGCGAUCUGAUUGUGCAUCCAGUCACCAGGAAGUACUACACCUCGUACAAGUGUAUCGCCACCAAUAUCCACGGCACCGCCGAGCACGACAUGCAACUGAAGGAGGCACGCGUUCCGGACUUCGUAGCGGCCGCCGCGCCCCGCCAACUGACCGCCACCACCAUGACCUUCGACAUCCGCGGCCCGCCCACCGAACUAGGUCUGCCCAUUCUCGCCUACAGCGUCCAGUACAAGGAGGUCUACAAUCCCGACUGGUCCACCGCCUACAACCGGAGCUGGUCGCCCGAUUCGCCGUACAUCGUUGAAGGACUCCGUCCCCAGACCGAAUACAGUUUCCGGUUCGCUGCCCGCAACCAGGUGGGUCUCGGCAAUUGGGGCGUCAACCAGCAACAGUCCACACCGCGUCGCUCCGCACCCGAAGAGCCCAAGCCGCUGCACAAUCCCGUCCAGCACGAUCGCGAGGAACCGGUGGUAGUGUCGCCCUACUCGGAUCACUUUGAGCUGCGCUGGGGUGUACCUGCCGACAAUGGAGAGCCCAUCGACAAGUAUCAGAUCAAGUACUGUCCGGGCGUUAAGAUCAGUGGCACUUGGACCGAACUGGAGAACAACUGCAACACCGUUGAGGUGGUGGAGACCACAUCCUUUGAGAUGACCCAACUGAACGGGAAUACCUACUACAGGAUCGAGCUGAAGGCGCACAACGCCAUCGGCUAUUCAUCGCCAGCAUCGAUCAUCAUGAAGACGACACGAGACAACCCCCAUCCCAUGAAAUCCAAUGGAGUGACAUUCGCUGCUCCAGCCCUGGUCGAACUGCUUGCUUUGGCGCUCUGCUUCCUGCUUCCGACGACAGUGGACACUGCUUAAAUAGGACAUUGAACCCCCCCCUCCGGCUCGAAGGACCAAAAUGGCAAGCACAAUUAUGCACCGAGGAGGAUCCUUUCGCUGGCCUUCCAUGGGUUUUCUUCCAUUCUCUAAUACUUCCGUUUUGUUUUUUUUUUUUUUUUUUGGUGUCUCAACGUGUAAAUAAUAAGAAAAUAUAUUAAAAAAAAAAAAUAAAACCUAAUCUUAAAUAGCAUGAUAAAGCGGAAUAAUUAUGUUGAAUGUGCUCAAGUAGAGAAUACGAUCAAUAUAUAUACACAUAUAUGUAUCACCUAGGGCGGGUCACAAUUCCAUAAUAACUGUACAAAACGAAAAAAGUUUAAAAAAAAAAAAAAUAGAAAAUCUACGAUAAUCUCUAGUUAAUGAAAUGAAAAAAAAAUGCCAAAAAAACCAGCUUACACAAUGAUAAUAAUUGUACUUAUCCUAUGUGCCCUUGUUUAAAACACUAAGCCAUUAUUAAGUUGUUAUUUAGUUGUAUGUUUGUAUAGUGGAAGCAUUUAUUAAACACCUGCAACGACACACAUACGACUCCGGAUACCCUUUCCGCUUAGUUCAAUGUGCAUUUUACAACACUGCCAAGCGAAUUAAACUAAAAUUAUACCAAAUUUAUGAACAAAAAUAUUUUAGCAAAAUUCUACACGAGAAAAAUAAUGGAAUAUCAAAUUACGAGUACAAGUUACCAAAAAAAAUUAGCAGAUAGAUUACAUUUAAACUUUAAACCCAAAAUCACAUCAUAAAAUUAGCCAAAAAGCUUCUUCCCAGGAUGGAUUUUUUGAUUUUGAGCGCGUAAAUGUUACGAGGGGACAAUAAGUAACUCUAACUAAGUUAAAGCAGUGCGAUUAUGUGCGUCUAAUUACGAAUUUUUCUCACAUCCUUCCGUUGGAUAGCAUUUAGUGAGCCAACCUUAGAAUUGAUAUGAAUAUUCCUGUAUACACUGUAUUUUUGUGUGUUUGUUUUUUUUUAGCGAUUUUCUAGCCAAAUAUAUCUUGUGAAACCAGAAGAUACAGUUUAUACCUUUACAAUAUCUAGUUAUACAUAAUAGUUAGUGAAUAAAUCAGCCCGCCUAACGUUGCUGAUGGAAAAAAAUGAAAUCGGGGGAAGACAGUGGAUUUUUUUUUAGUCUUUGCAGUCAAAAAAAGAAUAAAAAAAGCAGUAGAAAAUUGCAAGUAACUUAAAUCACAGAUCAUAUUAAAUGAUAAAAACAAAAUGCAUACGGUAUUAUGAAUGUUGUAAGCAAAAAAAAAAAUGAAAAACUAAAAAGUAAAAAACGAAAUCGAAGCCUACCACUUAAGCAGUUCAUUUUGGGUAAUAAAGAAACAACUUUAACAUAAAGCAGUGCGUGUGUGACUUGGGAAUAGGGUUGCCACCAGCUUUGCCGAUGCCGC